AUGCUGCUGCAAGGCAAACAAAGUGCAGCACCGCUCGGUGUUCCACUCGCACAUAGCAACGCCCGUUAUUUCGUGCCCCCUAUUACCCCCAACAUUAACAAUGAAGUUCAUGAUGGCGACGAUGGUGAUGAGGGCGAUGAGGACGGGUACGAGGAAGGUGAAGGUGAAAACGAGAAUAAUAGGAAUGACGAGCGUCAACACCCAUCCAAGCGGAGGAGAAUCGAAUCUCACGAGCAAGAAAACGGCGAUGAAGAAGAGUUGAGGCGCCAGCUCGAGGGCAGUGUUGCGCAGCAAGAUGCCGAUAGAGAUAAUACUCCGGGUCAGCAGCCGCCAGUUUUGACCACGCUGAUGGAUGUCAGCGCGCACUAUUUCAAGCCUGAUCUAGCGGAACCCGAUGACCGAGGCGAGAAUGACUGCUUCUUUGCGAAUUGUAUGACCAAAGCCGGAGGGAGUCCGUAUCUCUUGAAACACUUUCAGGUCAAGCACGGCCUCGUCCGCGGGGAGCAAGGGCGCCAGGAAGGCGGUCGACACAAGACGCCCAAGUACCUGACGCUCUGCCCAACCAACUGGCCCUACACCCACAAGUCGACCUCGUCCUGCAAAGCCUGCGACGACAUCACCGGCCUUCUUUCCGUCCUUGGCCAACACGAGCACGAGAGCCCUUCCGUGUGUGCCUUCUGCUGGACUUACUGCCCGACCCGCGCCGAGCUCGUCGCGCACAUCAACCAGGGCCCGUGUAAGAGCAAUGAGAUGUACGCGCACAAGCUGGCGCAAGUGAAGCGCCUGUUCAUCAGCUGUCUGGCGAUCCCGGGCGCGCCGGCGUUUGCGAAUGCCGCGGCGGACGAGAGACGGGCGCAUGCGGUUGCGGAACGAGCGGCGCGUGUGGAGAAGUGGCGCCAGGAACAGGAUCAGUUGCCGCGCGCGCAGAUGAUGCCGCCGGAAGUGCUUCACCCGGCGUAUCGGCAGCAGCAACAGCAGCAGCAACAGCAGCAACAGCAAGAGCCACAGCAUCAGCAGGAGGAGCUAGAGAGGUGGGAGCGGUCGCGGCAGAAGAAGCGGCAGAAGGAGAAGGAGAGGCAGCAGCGACGGCAGCAGCAGCAGCAUGAUGGUGGACGGAGGCCGGAAACGGAUCAACAACAACCGCCACCGAAUAUGAACGCCGGCCAGCAGCAACCUUCGCCCGUCCAUGCUGGAUACGUCACUAACACCCUCCGGCCGGACCACCACCACCACCAACACCCACCAGGCCCACCCUUCCCCCAUCAACAACACCUAGCUCCUCACCACCAAUCCCACCCUUCUUCCCAACCACAUCCCAACAACAACCCCUACCCCCAUCCCAACGUAGACCACUCACUCACAACUCAACCCCCAAUACCUACAUCAAUACCCACCGCAGCACCAAUACCCGCCACAGCAGCAGCGCGAUCCCUAGAAUCAUCAACAGCAGCAGCCGCCUCAUCAGCCGCUGCCGUGCACGCCCUAUCGGGCUGCGUCGACCGCUUGACAACCAUCGUACACGAGCUCUCAGGCGCCAAUACACUCUUGGCACAGGAGCUGCGGGCGCGCGACACGCGGGUGGCGGAGUUAGAGGCGGAGAAUUUGAGGCUGGAGAGGGAACUGGCGGGGGUGAAGAGGGAGUUGGAUGCGGUAAGGGGAAGGAAGGAUGACAAGGGGAAAGGGAGGGGAGAAGAAAGAAUUAAAAGGGGGGAGGGGGGAGGUCGGAGGGGGGGUGGGCUUGGGGGUGAUACGGCUGAGGGAGUCAGGGUGCGGGUGGUGGGUGAUGAACAGGAUGGGGAGGAGGAGGAGGAAGACAAUGUGGAAGGAAGUGUUGAAUGA